AUGGCCACAGCUGUAGACCAGAAAUUGCUUCGGCAAACGAAAUUCCCACCCGAGUUUAACCAGAAGGUUGACAUGAAAAAGGUCAAUGUCGAGGUCAUGAAAAAGUGGAUUGCAGGCAAGAUAUCUGACAUUCUUGGUUCUGAAGAUGACGUUGUGAUCGAACUGUGCUUCAACUUGCUCGAGGGUUCGCGUUUCCCCGACAUCAAAGCCUUGCAGAUCUCGCUCACCGGUUUUCUCGAUAAGGACACCCCCAAGUUUUGCAAAGAGUUGUGGAAUCUCUGCCUGAGUGCACAGUCAAAUCCUCAAGGUGUCCCUAAAGAACUGCUGGAAGCAAAGAAGCUGGAACUCAUACAAGAAAAGAUCGAUGCGGAAAAGGCAGCCGAAGAGGCAAGCAAGCGAAAAGAGCAGGAGCAAACUCGUGAGCGAGAUGUGGACUUGAUUCGCCAGCGUGAACGAGGUGAACGAGGCCGUGGUCGAGGCCGCGGAGGAAUGGGACGGGGAUUUGACAAUCGCAGAGCUAGAUACUCAAGAUCGCCGCCACCACGAAGACGCUCGCCAUACCGUGCGCCACCUACUCGCCGUGAAGCCGAUUCGUACGUUCCAGGUGGCCGAAACCGAGGACGCGAUAACAAUCGUGGUCGUUCCCCCACACGCUCAAUAACAUCUUCACCCUCAAGGUCACGAUCUCCGGCCCGCUUUCGCCGUGACGACAGACAUGCAUCCGGGUCACGAUCACCGUCGACGUCACGAUCACCCUCGGCCAAUCGUCGAAGACGUCCACGAUCAAGGAACAGGAGUGUAAACAGGAGCAAUAGUGAGUCAAGGGCACCUACCGACAAGAAGAUAGGCGGCUCCAAGAAAAGCACGGAAGCAACUGGUGAAAGACGUGCACGAUCUACAACGCGCUCUGAUCUAUCACGCUCACGUUCACCUAGAAGAAGACGGAUGAGAAGCCGCUCAGUAUCAUCUGUCAGUCGAAGUCGCAGUCCAAGCCCCCAGCGGCCGAGACAUGGCCGAAGAGGGUCGCAUUUUUCACCGAUGGCACGAUCACGAUCAAGGUCGAGAUCUAGAGAGGGAAAACGUGGAGGUCUCAAGCGAAAUAAUGGGAGAACCCGAAGAUCUCCUUCUUACUCUUCUGACGAGAGCAAAAGCAACAGGCGUGCUGAUAUUCUCAGGAGCAACAAACCACAAGACGAACGUCGCCUGAGCCGUUCUCCCGACGACGCAAGGCUCGGGCGCCGAAGCAGUGCAAGCCGAAGCCGAAGCCGAAGCCCUGACAGGCGACGACGACAUCACAAACGCAGACGAUCGUUACAAAGAUAUGAACCAGCAGCUCGAAGACGACGCAAUACUUCGUCAGAUUCCUCCCCAGAGCAGAAACGGCGAAAGCGCGAUGGAUCCGAUGAUGAACCAAUGCUCUCGCCCACUCAGGAUUCUCGAACUGAUAAAUAA